AUGGCGAUGGCACAAGAUUGGUUGAUUCAAUUUCAAAAGUCAAAUUCGGUGUGGUCGAUCGCACCUUUGUUGUUACAGAACAAUAUCGUUGAGAUACAGUACUUUGGUGCAUCGACAAUCGAAGAGAUUGAUUUAUCAUCAAGUGAAACAAUAGAUUUAUAUUUGCGGAAUAAUAAUAAUAAUAAUAAUAAUAAUAGCAAUAGUAGUAACAAUAAUAAUAAUAAUAGAAUAUCAAUGGUUUUGGAAUUAUUAACUAUAUUACCUGAUGAAUUAUUGAAUUGCAAUCAUGAAGGUGUUGGCAAGGUUUAUUCAUUCCGGUGCGGUAACGACGUUGCCACCGACAGCGCAGUCGACAACGAUGUUAAAGUCCGCGCUAAAGUGUCUGAAGAGUUGGAUUCUCUUUGA